CAGCCCUCCUCUUUCCACGCACACUCACAAGCAUUCAAGUUGGCAGAACAUGUCUAUUUCCCAAAUGUCGAAUUUCAUAAAACAGAAUUCUAGUCUUUGCCCCACCAACGGCCGCUCGGCCGUUGGAGAUGGGGCUGCCUCUUUCCGUAACACCGAUCCGAGUGUACUUGCUGUGUGCCGUCUUCAAGGCACAGACGACAUGUACUAUUACUCUACUACCUUCUCUGGCGGACCCGGGUGGCGCUUUUGACGCCCCUAAGCAAAAAUGCCCUCCCGACCGAGGGUCGUCAGACUGUGUGACAGGCAGUCUGGCGUCUACAUUUACCGCCUCCAACCCUUACGUUUCCUCUUCUCCUCGACCUAUUCCAUCUCCGCGCUCGUUCUCUUUCGAUAGUUCGGCUUCCGAUUUGUCCACUCCUCCACUUACCCCGGACAACGGCAGCCCCGCCUCUCCACCCACAUUCGCGUCUCCUCGUGAUCGUGACGAUGAUUCCCUCGACUUCCUCAUGACGUUGUUCCCGCGCAACGGACUGGCUUCCCUACCCUUCAGCCGAAGUGUCUCGAUUUCCGCUCCGUGUUUCGAUACGGCCUUCGAAGGUGUCGUUCUGGCACUUCCCGGUAAACCGAAGACCCUGUACGUUGACGGAAAGAGCGCACAGUCUGUCAGCAUUCGGGAAAGCAUCGUUGCUCUCCUCGACCUGGCUGACGAGAGUCUUUCUUGCUCCGCCUUGGUCAUCGUGUUGGAGCGUUCAUCGCCCAAUCUCAGCAAGAUCUUGCAUGCUCUGAUGUAUGUCGGUGGUACUGUGGUAACUAAGCCUCCUUUCGAGGUCGAUCCUGCCUUCGUUUUGGUUGGCUUGGAGAUCUAAUCCGCGCCUCUCGUUUUUUUCCUUCUCGUAUGUAGCAAUCUAUCCGCUUUGGAGGCGAUUCCUCGUAUCUGCAUGAAUAUGUAUCUGGAACGUGCGAUCAUACAUUGAUGUCAGUAAAUAUUUGCCCCGAUACUGACUGAAAUUGUCCUACUCUACCGCCACGGGCAACAACAGUCUUCUUGCCAGGGUUGCAUUGCUUAUUGAGACUCAUGUCUCUCUUGCAAUGUUUCAAUUUACUUCUUGGUGUGCUCUGCGGGGGCUCCGAGGACCAAAAGACUCAACAACAGAGUCAUGAAUUUGGCCAACGACCUCCCCAACAUGUGCAACAGCAGCAGCCUGCGGCAUAUCCUGCUCCCGUCGCACAGGAACCCCAUACAGGAGGGCAUGGAAAGCACCACAAGAAACAACAACACAAAUCGUCGCAUCAAGGACCAGCGGGUCCCAUUGUCUCUCCACAACCCGAAUACGGGCGGCCAGAUGCAUGGCAGCCUCCUCAGCAUCAGUCGCCUUCGCAUUCUACUUCACCUCACCCCCCAUCGCAUCCAGUGUCGCCUCAGCCCUAUUCUCAUGGUCAUCCUGACCAAAACCAGAUCAAUCAGCACGAUGGCCAUUACAUGCAGCUUCGCGCGCGGGCGAAUACUGAAGGCGACGCGAUGGCGCGGUGUUUCUCUCAGAGCCAAGAAGCCUAUGCUCGAGGCGAUGGUGCCCAAGCCAAAGAGUUGUCGACUCAAGGCAAGGAACAUCAACGCCAGAUGAACCAGCUGAACAAAGAAGCAAGCGACUGGAUUUUUGUCGGCAAGUGCAUUCUAUCUAUCAUUGCAAAGCUGCUUCUCACAAGUGAUGCGGACUCGAAACCUGGAGAGAUCGAUUUACACGGGCUCUUCGUAAAAGAGGCUGUUGAGCACAGCGAUCGUGCGAUCCAAGAAGCCAAACAGAGAGGGGAGAGUUCAAUUCACCUGAUUGUUGGUAAGGGUUUACACUCACCUGGCGGCGUAGCCAAGAUCAAGCCUGCGAUCGAAGAAUUGAUGGUCAAGCAUCAACUGUCCGCUGAACUCGAUCCGCAUAAUGCUGGUGUGCUUAUCGUCAACAUGAACUCUACAAGCAGAGGUUCCGGUGCUGCGCGUCGUAACCAGAUCGUGACCAGAUGUGACCUAUCACAAGCCAUCACCACUUUCUUGUUUCCAGCGGUCAUGUUCCCGCUCUCUUCCCUCGUUUUCCUUUCUUCCUGGGCGUUGGUCAAUGCUGGUAGUGCCAACAAGGGCGAUAACUGCUCGCAGGCCGACAACCGACUCCAAUUGGGCACCUAUCAGUUCUUCAGCGACUGUAACUCCGUCACAUACUGUGCAGCGAACAACACAUGCUUGCUCAAGGGUUGCAGGAAGGACCAAUUUCCUUUCGGAUAUGUGGCAAAGGCAGAUCUUCCACCCCUUUGCGCCACCGGUGAAUUCUGCCCAGAUGAGGCGGAUGCUUGCCAACCUGUACUUCCCGUCGGGAGUGCUUGCCAGCUGAACCGUGACGACCAAUGCGAAGGACCUCCCAAUUUCAAACAGUUGCGAGACACGACAGGUCGAGGAUUGAACGUCAACGGAUCGGUUUGCCUUAAUAAUGUGUGCAUGUGGGCCAAUGCUACCUCCGGCUCUUCUUGUGUGGUGGAGAACACUGCCUAUAUUGCUUACGGAGCUACCGGCGAAUUCAUUGAUAUUGUGUCGCGCGGCAACUGCGUUGCCGGCCUCUACUGUGACGCAGGUACCAAGCAGUGCAUGGCAGAGAAGAGCUUGGGUGCGUCCUGCACAGCGGACAAAGAAUGCAGCUCCUGGAACUGUCUCGCAAGCGGAGUAUGCGGCAUUGAUACGACGUUGCCGAAACACGUCGGCAUCUGGGUUUAUGUUGUGGUCGCGAUCGGAAUCUUCGUCGGCAUCUUCGGUACACUGCUAGGCUUGUUUGUUCUCCACCGGCGACAGCGUGAUGACGAACGUGAAAAACGGAUGCAGUAUUGGAGGGAACAGAACGCCUUCCAUCAAAAUCUCAUGCAAAUGAUGCGAACCUCGAUCCCAGGCGGUCCCGCCAGUGCCCGCAGCACCAUGUACAGUCAAGACAGACUCACUUCUGACGACGCCGGAAUCAUGCAGCAUCCCGCACCGAAAGCUUCCGGAUUGCGGAAUUACAUGAGAGACGACGACAACUCAGAUUAUGACGACAGCGUGAUGAUGGAGCAUCCCAGGCGCGAAGAUGGACGAUUCUAAACAUUGCAUAUUCCUAAUAUUAGAUACCACACGGACACAUACUUGCAGCUUCCGUUUGCUGGCUGCCAGGGCUCAGAAUCUUGAUCUACGACUGCAUCUCGUCUACAACUUGCUUACAACCGCGUUUCCUGCGUCUCCGGGCCUACCUGUAGGCUUUCCAUGUCUAACAAUUCACCUGCAAUCCCUCCACGCAAAUUCAAAUCACCGCCACCGUCUCCUCCACGAGAAGAAGAUCUGACUGGGGCUCACCAAUGGUCUGACGAUGAAGCUCAACAUUUGGAUCCUACAAACUUUCACAAGAAGGGGAAGGCUCGAGAAUUUCACGAGGGUGAUGGGGAUAAUGAGCGGGAGGAGUUUCAGGAGUAUCCUCCGAUUGGUGAACAGGAGGCAGAGACGCGCCAAAUCGAGGAGAACUUGAAGCGUUGGGAGGUCGCUGAGCGCAUGAAGAGGAAAGCCGCGCGCGACUCGACAUUGUCCACAACUUCUUCCUCUUCGCUCUUGUCCGAUGUGGCACGCCGCACCAGCCUUCUAUGGUCGGCGUCUAAACCGCAUCAUCGCCCUCGUUCUAGCGUCAGUUCCAGUCGAGGUGCACACGCAGCGCUUAGUACGCAAGACAAUCCCGAUAAUGACGGCGAAUUCGUUCCUCUCGACGACGUUGCGGAAACUCCCGCUGCGUCACCACUGAUGCAUGACGAACAUGAUCCCUCAAAUCCAUUCAAUGAUCCCGAAAGCGCACCUGGAGACGGAAUUCGAGAUACAACUGACAAUUACGUUCACCGGCCGGCUUUGCUCACUGCAUCCUCUUCCAUUCGCCGACCACCGACGCCAAAGCCGCUUCCGAUUCCUGAGCCCCGAUCGCCGCCGCCUCCGGUCGCCGACAUGUCACAAAUGGGCAAAGGACUGCCAGAUCAAAAUCCGGCAGAAGAGAAGGAAUCGCGGUGGUGGCAUGAAUGGUUGUGUGGUUUGUCAGAAGGGCCUGAUCGAGGAGGGGAUAACCAAUCGGGACGUACAAAUCCAUUUGAGUAGACACUUCCCGCUUACGACUGAUUUAUGACUGCAUUCGCAUAAUGGACACUGUAUUGCAAUACUUUCCAGGACCUCUACAUGGUCCUCAUCCUUGGAUUCUAAAUUUGAUCCUUUCUAUUGAGUCUUGACUUUCUCCUUUGGUGGCUGGACGAGCUUCUUGGGCCUGGUGGCGAAAGCUCGUGCGCCAAAGAAAGCUAUCAUCACUGCCACACUCGACGCUCUCGCAGAAGAGGUCGAUAACGUCACGCUCAAGACAUUAGCAAAGGCGGGGUGACUCGUCAACGAUCCAUAGAUGACAGCGACGAUUCCUCCUGCCCACAUGUCAUGGGUGCUCCAUAAUCCGAAUACACCUGUUCGGAGAGGGGGAGGCGUUGAGAAUGUCCAGGUUUCCGAAGUCAGCGAAAGCGUUCCGCCGAGUAGACCACCGCCAGCCGACGCAGUCAUACCCAGUAUGAAAUGGAACAGCGGUGAUUGAACAAGUAGUGGGGAAACACCCGGUCGGGAAAGGAGGGAAAGUGUCUGGAGGACGCUAUUGGCCCGGAGUAGCCCAUCCAACGGGAACAACAAAAGAUUGGUCUGGGCUGGAUCGGGCUGAUAAUGCUUAGCCUAUGGUCCAUGACUGUGCGACUGCACUGACCACAGGAAUAUACUGGAAGAUGAAAGUCAAACAUAGAUGUACGGCCGAGUAAUUGAUCCAGGGUCCGAGCAUGUAGAGCUGGGGAGGGGGCAGCGAUAAUAGAACAUGGGACGCGAUUGAGCCGCCCCAGCACUACGAUGGUUGAGCGUAAGAACAUUUGUGGCCUGGAAGGUAAAAGACUCGCCAUUAACAAAAAGCCCAGGAUGUGAGUUCCCCAUGAAUGCUGACUCUUGCUAGAUUUCACGGCGGUGUGGAAAACGAGGGAGAUCCGGGCAGCAUGCAAGGUCGUUCCCAACGGAUACGGAAAAAGGAUUCCUGAGACCGGGAGAGAUAAGAGAGCAAGAGCGGCUGAAAGCAUAUUGAAAUAGGCUCCCAAGGAAGGAUCUGAGGGAGGUGCAGCACGGAGGAGACCGGACCGGGGUUCUGCGGAGAUACCUUUAUCCGUUGGAAGUAGCGCGUCGAUCACAACCAGCCAUAGUGGAGAUGACUUGGCUCAGCAAGACUGCGGGGCUUUGAGCUCAGCAUCUCUUUGCUUUGGACUAGUGCAACUCAGCGGCCUGAGGUGAUCUGUAUGGAGCCGGAGUCCGGGCCGGGCCACUUGCUUGGGCCGCAUCAUCAACUCGAGGAUCGAACAUUGACCAUGGCUCUCGACUAGCUUCGCUCUUCUUCGCACCACAACACUGUGUAACUGCUCUGCUAUAUAACGGAAGCGCAGCCCGUGACCGAUACUCAAGUUCGCGGCUUCCCCUUUGAUACAAACCAUUGUGGAAUCUUUUCUGGUGCUGAAGUACGGAGAUGACACGCGGAUUAGGGUCGCUUAAGUAAUCUGACUGAGCCUUCCGAAGACGUUUCCACUACGCGACUCUGCCACGUUCGUUCACGCAUGCGCCUCCUACUUCACGUCCCUUUACCCAAUAAAUAAAUAUGCCUUUAUCUGUUAUGGUGCUUUGUGCUUUUGCCCUGCCCCGAUGCUGUCGCUAGGACUAUCACUGCCCUCGCCCCCGUCCGCUCCAGUCCUUGUUCUUGCGGCUUGCUUGGGGAUUUACGUCCUCACCUCUGGCUUCGUCCGUCCUUAUGUGAAGUUCAUCUGGCACUGUUUCAUCCGCCCCAUCGGGCAGUCAGACCAGAAGUCACGUCUGGACCAGUUCUAUGAGGGCCAGGCGGACGUCUACGACGCGACGCGCAAUGGGCUUUUGCGCGGGCGCAAUACUAUGCUUGCUUUGUCCGCCGCUCACCUGAAAGAGCUUCGCAAGAAGGGUGAACGUCUCGUCUGGGUCGACAUCGGUGGUGGCACAGGCCACAAUAUCGAGCUCAUGGACAAACAUAUGCCUAUCAUGGAAAGCUUCGACGCCGUCUAUGUCAUUGAUCUCUGUGAACCCUUGCUCAACAUCGCUCGCAAACGUUUCGCCAAGAAGGGAUGGACUAAUGUGACUGUGCUUUGCCAGGACGCCAGUGAAUUCAUCCUGCCCGAAUGGGGCAAUGGCAGGGACCCCAAGGGAAGCGUAGGAUUCGUGACAUUGAGCUAUUCGCUGUCGAUGAUUCCUAGCUUCUACACUGUCUUGGAUCGUAUCGACCACGUGCUUUGCCCUACUAAUGGUCUUCUCUCCGUUGUGGACUUCUACACCGCUGGAAAGCAGCCGUCCCUCCACGAGAAAGCCAUCGGCGGGACCAGCAAAGAGUGUGGGUGGCUGUCACGCUGGUUCUGGCAGAUCUGGUUCGAUUUCGAUCAUGUCAACUUAAGUCCCGCUAGACGAUCUUAUCUCGAGUACAAAUUUGGCACGAUCAAGAGUUUCAACGGGAGGAAUAACUUCAUCAUCCCCUUCAUUGUCCGAAUCCCAUAUUACAUCUGGCUCGGCCGCUCUCGCUCAUUCGAUGUCUCGAACGCUUGUCACGCUUUCGAAGUGGAGGGCGGCAAUCUUAUCGGGAACUGUUCUCCAGCCACGUUCAAGGCUGUCAAGGACACGGAUGAUGCGGUUCCUUCUCUGCAUAUUGGCGAACCAGCUCUGGAGCUGCAACCUCAGCCCACUGUCAUCGACAUCUCGCCGCCGUACAGCUCAUUCCAUUACCAUGCCGCCCAGCCUUGGCGCCUGCCAUACUACGAACAACCUGUUCACAAAGAAUUUAGAACCUUCAUCUACUCAUUCACUUGGGAGGAUCCAUUCACUGACAUGCAACACCUGCAACUUUCACCCAAGGACUCCAUGUUUGUGAUUACCAGUGCGGGUGACAACGCGCUUCACUAUGCCGUUGCCGCCGCCCCUAAGCGUAUCCAUUGUGUGGAUAUGAACCCUUGCCAAGGCCAUCUACUGGAGCUCAAGUUGGCUGCAGUCAAGGCGCUUUCCUACGAAGAUUUCUUUGCCUUGUUUGGUGCCGGCAAGCACCCGAACUUUCGUCAACUUUUGGACAAUCAUAUUGCACCCCAUCUUUCGUCCAGCGCCUACCAGUUCUGGCGUAUCAACUCGCGCGCGUUCUCGUCUUCAUUCUAUCUUCGAGGCUACAGCGGAUGGGCUCUUCGCUUGGCCAAGUUGAUAUUCACGAUCGCCGGCGUUCAGAAGGAUGUCGAGGAGCUUUGCCGGGCUGAGAACCUCGAUCGCCAGGAGCAAAUCUGGACAGAAAGGGUGCGCCCGGUGCUAUUAAACCCGAUCGUCGUGGGGCUCCUCAAGAAUCCGGUAUUCUGCUGGAACGCUCUGGGCGUUCCGCUCAAUCAGCGAAAGAUGCUGCUUGAUGAGGGAGGCAUCUACGAGUUCAUCCGGGACACGUUGGACCCUUUGGCUCAUGCGUACCUCUUCAGGAAUGAGAACUACUUUUAUCUUUUGACUUUGCUCGGCCACUACACCCAUGAGAGUUGUCCUGAAUAUCUUACUCGGGCCGGCUUCGAGGCUCUCAAGGCUGAUACCAGUCGGCGAUUGAAUGCCUUCCGGCUUCACACUGAAUCGAUUGUCAACGUGCUGCGAGGACUGGCCGACGGUGAUAUCACCCGGGCGCUGGUUAUGGACCACAUGGAUUGGUUUAGUCCAGGACAGCCUGAGAUCGACGAGGAGAUCCAGGAGCUGCAUCGUGCACUCGCGCCCGGCGGUUUCCUCUUCUGGCGCUCUGCAGCACGGCGGCCCUGGUACAACGCUAAUUUCGAACAGCACGGAUUCAAGGUCACACCCCUGGGUGUCAGAUCCGGGCCGGAGAUUGCUAUCGACCGUGUCAACAUGUAUGCUUCAUUCUGGA